AUGUUAAACAUAUCUAAUAAUACAUUAAAUCAAUUUUAUUAUCAGUAUAUUAUUAUACGUUGUUUAAGUAUAUAUGCACUUAUACUUGUUAUCGUUGGAACAGUAGGAAAUUUAUUAACAAUAUUUAUCUUGUGUCGAAAAAAUUUAAGACGUUAUGUUACAAUGAGAUAUUUAAUUGCUGUUAGUGUAUGUGAUAUAAUAUCGUUAUAUGGAUGGAAUUUAAAUAAUUUUUAUAAAUUUACAAUUAGUUCAAAUAAUGAUAAUUUAGAAGAACUAUCAUUAGUACACUGUCGAAUUAUGUCAUAUAUGACAUUUGUUGGUUUACAAUUAUCAAGUUGGUGUUUAACAGCUGUGAGUAUUGAUCGCUGUUUAAGUCUAUAUUUCUUAACAUGGAAACAAAGUUAUGGAAAAUUAAGUCGUACAAAAUAUCAUAUUGGAAUAUUGACUGUUAUCUGUUUACUUCUUAAUUCUCAUAUACUUAUUUUUAAUGGAUAUCGAAUUGAUUCUCCUAAUUUUACUAUUAAAUGUUAUGUUACACGAACAAAUCCAUAUUAUAUAUUUCCUAUAUGGGAACGUGUUCAUCUUGUUGUUUAUAAUUUAUGGCCAUUUUCUAUGAUGUGUUUAUGUAAUACAUAUAUUAUCUAUGCAACUGUUCGUUCAGCUCGUAUACGUAUACCAACUACUAAUCAAUUUUCUCGUCAUCGACAAUUAUCAAUAAUGUUAAUAUUAGUUACAUUUGCUUUUGUCUUAUUAACAUUACCAUCAUGUAUUUAUUUUGUAUUUUUUCGUCAUCGAAUGUCAACUAGUGAAAAUUUACGUACUUAUCGUUAUAUGGUACAAAUAUCUUUAGGUAGUGUACAAUUUACUGCACAUGCAAUAAAUUUUUUUCUUUAUUGUUUUUCAACAAAAAAUUUUCGAAAUGAAUUACAUAAUUUUAUACAAGAAAUUAUAUUUUAUUUAACUAAAUCGAAAAUAACAGCAACAAUGAACCGACCAGUAUCAAAAACAAAAAACAAUUAUUUGAUUAAAAAUCGUUAUCAUAUUCAAGAAUCAACAAUAGAAAAUCAACAAACUGGACAACAAUAUAUAUUAAAAGAUAUGCAAACAAUGCUAAUUCAUUCAGAAUAA